UUCCGUCUGGGUGCCCCCACCCAACCUGAUGGCAUGAAUAUCGAUUUCCCCUUCCGGUGAACAAAUUUACCUCAUACCCCUCCGUCCCACUCCCGCUCAUCCUCUCUGUCUUUGUACGUCCUCUCACCUGCUUAUCACUUCACUCUGGGUCCACUGCUCCAUCCCUUUCUCAAUAUAUUGAAGUGUACCUGUGAGUGUCGAUAAACAAAAUAUCCUCACACGUCUGGUGUUACAUGGUUCGACCUUUAUACAUCCUGUUUAGUGUUUAAAUAUAUAAAAAGUUAAAGAAGCUAGAAUCUUUACAUAAAUUAUUAUCGCAACUAUACGAAUAGAAAAUAUUGUAUUUUGGAAGUGACAAAUGUUAAUGGGAGGAGAGCAACCAUUUGGGAGUUAGACCUGUGGUGAGAGAUUUAUUGGAAGAAAAACCCCAACUGGAGGCAAACCACGACUGAAGAAGAGGGAACAGCAACAAGUGUACCAGCCCGAGGACUGAGAGCACCGACUGGAGAGAAACCAAUCUGACUCGGAGAUUCCAGUGAUUCAGUCAGGAGAAUGUUUGGUUAAAAUCGACCAGGAAUUUGUCUAUGGGAAUUCAAACACAACACACCAGUUGUGCUGUCUCUGUCUAGAUAUUUAAGGAGCAAGAGAUUCAAUCAGCCAUCCUUCCUGCUCAGACUUUGUGGAGGGAUUCACUCGGUCAUCUGACCAAUUGACACGUCCGUCAUUUUACACAGGGAAGAGACCAUUCACCUGCUCAGACUGUGGGAAUGGAUUCACUCGGUAAUCUCAACUGAAGCUACACACUGGGGAAGUCCAUUCAUCUAUUCUGUGAGUGGGAAGGGGUUCAGUCGGUCUUCCCACCUGUGGGCACACCAGUCAGUUCACACGGGGCAGAGGCUGGUCAUCUGCUGAAUUUGUGGGGAAGGAUUCACUCGGUCAUCUGAUCUAAUGGCUCACCAGCGAGUUCACACCGGGCAGCGGCUGUUCGCCUGCUCAGACUGUGGGAAGGGAUUCACUUGCUCAUCCACACUGAAGGCACACCAGCGAGUACACACAGGGGUGUGGCUGUUCACCUGCUCAGAAUGUGGGAAGGGAUUCAGUCAGUCAUCUGAUCUACAAAAACACCAGCGAGUUCACACUGGGGAGAGGCCGUUCAUCUGCUCGGACUGUGGGAAGGGAUUCAGUCAUUCAUCCACCCUACACCGUCACCAACGAGUUCACACUGGGGAGAGGCCAUUCACCUGCUCAGAUUGUGGGAAAGGAUUCAGUCAUUCAUCCACCUUACAGAGACACCAGCGAGUUCACACUGGGUAGAGGCCUGCUCAGUCUUUGGGAAGAGAUUCUCUCGGCCAUCUCCACCAAAUGUGUAUGAUUGUCAAGUCAAAUUUGAGUUUCAGGAAGGUAUCAAGGAAGAGCAAGAAUUCACUGGCAGAGAGGACGGAACCUACUGCCUGAGGGCGGUUUCUGCCCAGAACAUUUGGGCGGACCCCGCAGCGUCACAGUGGCAGUCCGAGAGCAGCGUCACAACCCGCGGUAAGAUGCCGAACUUUAAAUAAUUGUUGAGACUGUUUCAGGGAAAGGUACACUGCUGUCACUGCGUUUGGUUUAACUCUGCCAUCGGGAUCAUCGCAUGCAGGCACUUCUUGAAAAUGGCGCAAGGGUUCACCCAGUUUGGAACCAUAACGGUCCAGUAGAGAAACGGAGGUGCAGGUCCGAAAUUGUCUCCGAAGUCCGAGAGGCAGCCAGUUUUUCACCUAAUCCUAAUGCUAAUGCUAAUGCUACUGCCUUAUGACUAUCCUUGACUAGACUAAUGACUGACAUGACUGAUUAUUUAUGACUACUGACUAAUAACUAAGAACUAUGAAAUGCCACACUUGUGAAAAUAAAAAUAAAAAAUGGAAAAGAAAGAAAGUUGUUUGGUCAUUGAAUGGAAUCCGGUUAAAACCUUCGGGUAUUCAGUCCCGUCCGAGUGUGGAAGCUGCACAUGUGCAAAGGGAGCAGUGAAAAUACUGCUUGACAAAACUGUUUGACUCGGAAACUGGAGGACCAGGAAACAGAAAUCUGUGAGCUUUGAGCUGGGACAGCAAGAGCAAUAAACUGUAGUCCUGAAAAAGGAAGGAAGGAGAAAGGAGGAUGCUGAAAUACUAACACCAACGGCGUUGGGCUUUUCCUCCAAUUUUCCCACGCCAGCCAUCAGACUGAAACCGACGGCCCUUCCCAAGUUUCCUGGCAGCAGACGUGAUUUUCACAGGUGGAGAAAGGACUGGGAAGCAAUCCAGAGGCAGCGAGAGCCGACCGGUGCAAGAGAGGUGAAAAAGGUUCAACUGCUGAACAGUCUUGACCACAAAGUCAGAAGAGACCUUCGCCUCAAAACUUAUAAAACUGCAGAUGUCAUCUUUCGUGUUCUAGAAAACCGCUAUGGAAAUCGAGCGUGGAAAUCGGAAAUGGAUAGUAUUGGUGCAGCAUGCGAGCCAAAAUGCGGGGGUUGUGGCUGCGGAAACUGCCAGCCGGGCGGCAAAGGAAUGACUCUUGCUGAAGAGAGGGAACUUGUAUACAAAUUCAUAUACAAAAAAAAAUCAAAGCAAUAGUGAUAAGGGAGAAAGAAAGGCAUGAAUAUUGACUUCUCUAACUUCCGUUAAUGCCCCUCCUUCCCUUCUUACCCCAUCCCUGACAUACUGAGUUGCCCAUCAUGCCACCUGUUCUCUAUCUCCCUCUGGUGCUACCCUCCACCUUUCUUCCUCCCUAGGCCUCCUGUCCCAUGAUCCUUUCCCUUCUCCAGCUCUGUAUCACUUUUGCCAAUCACCUUUCCAGCUUUCAGCUUCACUCCACCCGCUCCGGUCCUCUCCUAUCAUUUCACAUUUCCCCCUCCCCCACCUACUUUCAAAUCUCUCAGUACCUUUCCUUUCUGUUAGUUCUGACGAAGGGUCUCGGCCAGAGACGUCGACAGUGCUUCUCCCUAUAGAUGCUGCCUGGCCUGCUGUGUUCCACCAGCAUUGUGUGUGUGUGUUGUUUGAAUUUCCAGCAUCUGCAGAUUUCCUCGUGUUUGCACAAUACUUCACAUUAUGGAUCAUAUAUACAAAAAAGUAAAAUCAAAGCAAUCGUGAUAAGCGUGGACGCUGAAAAGGCAUUUGAUUCGGUUAAUUGGAAAUUUCUUUACAGAGUUUUACAUAGAUUUGGUUUCCAUAACAAUUAUUAAAACUAUACAGGCACUAUAUGACAACCCUACUGCUAGGAUUAAAAUCAAUGGAUAUUUAAUCAAAUAGUCUUACCCUAGAAAGGGGCACAAGACAGGGUUGUGAAUGGUCAGCACUACUCCUCGCGUUUUAUCUGGAACCAUUAGCUCAAUACAUGAGACAAAAUGGGGAAUUACUAGUAAAGGGACAGAGCAUAAAUCGGCUUGUUACGUGGAUGACAUUUUGAUCUAUUUACCUGAUUGAUGCAAUCCUUUGAACAAUAUGGUCAAUUAUCAGGAUACAAGAUCAACAUAGAUAAAACCCAAUUACUUUCAUAUUACUAUAGCCCAGCAAGAGAAAUUGAAAGUAGAUAACCCCGGGCAUGGCAAACAGGGUCUUUCAAAUAUUUGGGCAUCAUUAUGCCAAAAGAUUAGGCAACAUUAUCAGAAUGUAAUUAUCAGCCUGUAUAUAUAAAAAAAAUAAGGAAUAGAU